AUGCAAGACCAAACUGAAUUAAACAAAACAAUAGUCAGUGAAUAUUUCGCUGAGUAUUGGGGAAAGGGCAAUGUGGAUAUAGUAGACAAGUUAUGUGCCAACGACUAUUUGAUUCAUUACCCAAUGCAUGGCCCAAGAUAUGGUAGAGAAGCAUCCAAAAAAAUGCUUUCCGAGUUUAGAGAGGCUUUUCCAGACCUUUCAUUUGUUGCCUAUGGUGCUCCCUUGAUAGCCGAAGGUGAUUACGUUAUUGGACGUUGGAUUGGAGGUGGAACACACAUAGGUACAUCGUUUGCUGAUUUGGCUGUUGGGAGCUUGGAUCAGCCAAACACUGGAAAAAAAAUAUAUUUCUCAGGUACAUCAAUUUUCAAAUUGAAGGACGGUAAGAUUAUUUCAGAGAUAGGCGAGGAAGGAGCUUUGACAGCCUUACAGCAGUUAGGCUUAAUUCAACAACCUAACAAAGGGAAGGAAGUUAAAUAUGAUGAAGAAAUUUUAUAG